AUGGCUCAUCUGGCUAUUACCUCGAUUCUAUCGGCUGUUAUCUCAAGCCAAUGGACACUCAAAACUCCAUCCAACCGUUUGAUCCCAUCAACGGUCGGUCGGAUCACCAAGGGCAAAGUGGGGUACAGUGUCUUCCAAGGAGCGGUUGAGAAUGGCUAUGAUAUAGUGUUGGCUGUAAGAGGGCGGGAGGAUAGCAAUAGCAACAUCAACAGCAAGAAAGUUACAUGGAAUAGCUUAUCCAGGCAAUCUUCUCAGAGUAGUGAGAGUGAUGAUGAAAUGCCUAACAAGGAUUGGGAGAGUAUUAUAGGGUUUCUAAUGCGUCUAAAGGUUUCAAAGGGUGUAGCAAAGGUGAGAUUCGAAAUUGUUCUAAUUGGGUAAGCUCUUUACUUUAUAAUUUAUGCUUUCAUAGUGAUCAUCUGUCGCUUUGUGCCGUUGUUUUUUCCCAAAAGGAUUUUUCCAUGUUAAAUCAUUAUAUUCUCUUUAUGUUUGCUUGGUGUAACUGGAUUGCUAUCCUA